AUGGGGUUUGGUGUGUAUUUGUAUUAUUUUGGGUGGGUUUUGGUGUUGGUGUUUGGGGGGGGUGUUGGUUGGUUGUUUUGUGUUGUUUGUUGUUGGUUUGGGGGUUGGUUUGUGUUUGUUGGUGGUGUGGGGUUGUUUUGUGGUUUGGGUGUUUUUUGGGGGGUUGGGUUGGGUUUGGGGGUGGGGGGUGUUGGUUGUUUUGGUUGGGGGGUUUUUGGUGGGUGUAGUUUUGGGUUUGUUAUUAAUGAUGUGUUGUGUGGUGGUUUUUGGUGUGGGUUGGUAUUUGGUUUGGGGUUGUUGGGGUUUUGGUGGGUGGUGUUUUGUGUUGUGUGGGUUAUUGGGGUGGUUUGUGUGGGGUGUUGGGGGUGUGUGGUUGUGGUGGGGUGGUGUGGGGGUGGGUGUGUGUUUGGGUUUGUUUUGUUUUGUUGGUGUUGUGGGUGGGUGGGGGUUUUGGUUUUGGUGUUUGGUGUUUGGGUUUGGGGUUUGGGUUGGUUGGGUUGUGGGUGGGUGUGUUUGGUGGGUGUGGGGGGGGUGUUUGUGUGGGGGUUGUUGGUUUUGGGUGUGGAGUUUGGGGGGGGGGGUGGGUGGUUUUGGUGUAUUGGUGUUUUUGGUGUUGGGGGGGGUGUUAUUUUGUGGGGGUUUGGGGUGGGGUGGUGUUUUGUGGGUUUUUGUUGGGGGGUGGGGUGUGGGGUGUUUGGUGGGGGGGGGUGGGUGGGGUGGGUGUUGGUGUUGUUGUGGUUUGGGUUGUGUUGGGUUUGGUGGGGGGGUUUGGGGGGGGGGGUGGUGGGGGGGGGGGGUGGGUUGGGUGUGGGGUGUGGGGGGUGGUGUGGGUGGUUGGGUGUGGUUGUGGUUGGUUGGGGGGGUGUGGGUUUUGUUGUGUGUGGGGGUAUUGAGGUUGUUUUGGGGGUUGUUUGGUGGGGUUUGGGGUUGGGGUGUGUGGUGUUUUUUGGUUGUUGGUGGGGUGGUGGGGUUGUUUGUGUUGUUGAUGGGGGUUUUGUGUGGUGGUGUUGUUGGGGGGGGGGGGGGGUUUUUGGGGUUGGUGUUGGUGGUGUGGGUGGUUGUUGGGUGGUGUGGGGGGGGGGUGGGGGGGAGGUGGUGGGUUGUGGGGGGUUUUGGUGGUGGGGGGUGGUGGUGGGGUGGGGUGGUGUGUUGGGUUGGGGUUUGGGUGUUGGGUUGGUGGUUGGGGGGGGGGGGGUUGGGUGUGGUGGGGGUGGUGUGUGGGGGGGGUGUUGGUUGGGGUGGUGUGGGUGUUUGUUUGUGUUGUGUUGUUUAGGGGGGGGUGUGGGGGUUUUUUGGGUGUGGGUUGUGGGUGGUUUGGGGUGGUGUGUGUGGGUGGGUGGGGGGGUUUAUUUGGGGGGUGUGGUGGGGUGGGGGGGGGUGGGGGGGGGGGUUGGUGGUGGGGGGGGGUGUGUUGGGUUGUGUUUGUGGUUGUGGUUGGUGGGUGGGGUUUGUGGGGGGGGGUUUGGUUUUGGGGUUUUUUUGGUUGGUUUUUUGGUGGGUUUGGGGGGGUUGGUUGGUUUGGUGUUGUGGUUUGGUUGGUUUUUGUUGUUUUGGGGGUUUGGGGGUGGGGUGUUGGGGGUGGGAGUGUGGUUUGUUUUGUAG